UGUGCACUGCGCAGACUGAGCUGCAGUUCAAAGAUGGCGCUGCGGGGAAGUCCAGUCAAACGAGUUCUCUGUCAUCACCUGUAAAACGAUGACCUAAGAAAAAGACGCAUCCAAAAGCUAUUUAAUAAAACAGAAGACGUUCUAGUCUGUCUUGGUAUUAGUGAGGUAAAAUGCCUUCUCCUAAAGCGCGGAGCGGCUCGGGGCGCAGCGGCAGCGUCCCGUGCGCCGGUGGAAACGGGCGCUAUGAGUUCAUUUCUCUGAGCCGAACUCCCCCCCCGCCGCAGCUGCUGCAGAGGCAGGGCUCAGACCCCACCGCGGCCCGGCUCAGAGCCUCCGAGAGCCCCAGCCGACGCCGCGGAUCGGGCUCGUCCACCUCCUCCACCGGCGGCGGGCAGCAGUUACCGGAGGAGGACUGCAUGAAGUUAAACCCGUCUUUUUUCGGUAUAGCGUUCAGCUCCCUGCUGGCCAUCGACCUGUGGCUGUCGAAGCGGCUCGGGGUGUGCGCCUGCGAGGACUCGUCCUGGGGCAGCGUGCGGCCGCUCAUGAAGCUCAUCGAGAUCUCUGGGCACGGGAUCGCGUGGCUGGCUGGUGCCGCGUACUGCCUGUAUAAAAGCGACAGUGUCGCCGGUCAGGAGGUCAUGCUGAACCUGCUCAUGGCCUUGGUACUGGACCUGGUCCUGGUCGGCGUGGUGAAGGCUGUAGUGCGGCGCCGACGUCCUGCUCAUAACCGUAUGGACAUGUUUGCCACGUUCUCUGUGGACCGCUAUUCCUUCCCAUCAGGCCAUGCCACACGUGCUUCAAUGUGCGCCCGCUUUCUGUUGGCCCACCUGGUGUUGGCGGCCCCGCUCCGCGUUCUUGUCCUGCUCUGGGCCACUUUAGUUGGUUUUUCUAGGGUUCUCCUCGGACGCCAUAAUGUGACGGAUGUGGUGUUCGGUUUCUUCAUGGGCUACUGGCAAUAUAAUUUAGUUGAGAUUCUCUGGUUGUCUCCAGUCAUGUUGCAAAACACGAUGGGACAGCUUCACUGAGAAGUUAAGACUGAGGAAAGGGAGCAUUAUUUGGAGGAUCUAAACUGUAAUUCCUUGGUGUCUGUCAAGUUGCUUUAUGUUAGUUUUGUGCGUCUGCUAAUUUGAAUGUAAAAAUUAAUCCAUCUGCCAGUAAUGUCCAGGUUUAAAUUAGAUUCUACUGGACAGAUAAAUGAGUUGAAGUGUUAGGAAGCAGUGAAAACAGACGUCUUAUUUUCCACCCCUUAAAG